GUAACCACUAACCACUAUAAAAGCCUCCAAGAAGAAAAAAAGAUCCACCUCGAAGACCCCUCCACCACCACCACCCAACCUUCACUCCCUUCCUCCUCUCUUCCUCUUCUCUUCCACCUCUCUCCCCUCCACAACUCUAGGUGGAGAGAGACGGAGAUAAAAAAGAAUGAACCCGUUUUAGCAAAUUCCACCUUCCAAUUUCUCACUCUCUUCUACGAUAUAGUGUUCUUGUUCUUUUCAUCUACUUCCUUAAAUUGCUGAGAAAAAAAUUACUGAUAAAAAUACUAUUACGUAGAGAAUUGGUCAAUUGGGUUUGAUAAAAGUGGUGGAAAAAAUGAGGGAGGAUGACUCGAAUUGGUUUUCAAAGUGGGAAGAAGAACUCCCAUCUCCUGAAGAGCUCAUGCCCUUAUCCCAAACCCUAAUAACCGCGGAUCUAGCUAUUGCCUUCGAUAUCCGAUACCCAAAUAGCCCACAAACGCCCCACCACCAUCAACAACCACCACCUCCACCUCCUCCGCCACAUCUUCAAACCCCUUCCACCCAACCCACCACCAAUAACUCGUCGGAAUUCGAUUCCGCCGAGAUGGGUGGAGCUGGUUCAGGGGACGAACCUGCCCGCACCCUGAAGCGGCCUCGGCUCGUGUGGACGCCACAGCUCCACAAAAGAUUUGUGGAUGCUGUGGCCCACUUGGGGAUCAAGAAUGCUGUCCCCAAGACCAUAAUGCAGCUCAUGAGUGUUGAUGGGUUGACUCGUGAAAAUGUUGCGAGUCAUUUGCAGAAGUAUCGCCUGUAUUUGAAGCGAAUGCAGGGUCUUUCCAGUGGUGGUGGUGGUAGUGGUGGAGGACUAUCCUCAGCAUCUGAUCCUGCUACAGAUCAUCUGUUUGCGAGUUCACCUGUGCCAGCACAUUUUUUGCAUCCGGGAAGGCCCAAUUCGGACCAUUUCUUGCCGUUUGUGCCUGUGGCAGCGCUGCAGCAGCAGCACCACCAGCAGCAGAUGGCGGCUGUAGCGGGGCAUCCACAGUUUCAGCAGCAGUAUAGGCAGAUGGGGCAUUUUGGUUCACCGCCUAACGGUCAGUUUGAGCAUCCCUUUCUUGCCCGGCAGUCGCAGCAGCCUGUUCAUAGGGUGGGGACUCCAGUGCAUAACCCGAUGCCCUCUUAUAUCGAAGAUUUGGAGUCAGCCACUGCAGCGAGUGGAAGGAAAGUUCUCACUCUAUUUCCAACUGGGGAUGAUUGAAUUUGGGUUGAUUUGUUGUCGGCGAUGAUGUUGGAGGAUGAAGUAACAACUUAUCGAAUCUUGAGCUUGCAGCUGAGGGUGAAUAAGUGUUGGCACUAUUUAUGUUCAUUAGAAAUCCAAGAAUGCAAUCCAUGGAUAGCACUCUUGGGCAGUUUCCAGGAUUCUCCUGUGUAGUGGCUCGAGUCCUCCUUGUUGUACAUUGUGUUGUUCCAUAGAGGACUUAAUACCACGGUAUUGAGGAAUCUUUCUUAAAGAACAUGACCAUUCUGAUGUGAUUAGGAAUUUCUUUCUGUUUUAAUGCUCCAAGAACAUUGAUGAAUGGUUGCUGCAUUUCCUGAAAUUGCUUAGUUGUUCAGUGUUCCUCACUGCUGUUGCCAAAUCUAGUAUGUUUUACGGUUAAUUAUGGAUUGCCUCUAUACGGCCCAGAUGCAUUUGCCAAAUGUAG